AGCCAGAAAAACCCACUCCCACUACUUCUACUUACGAUAAUUUACUAAACAACCUUAAUGCCGAAGAAGCUGCCCGGCAAAGAAAAAAGCAAGAACGGGAAGCAACUCGCAAGAAAUUAGAAGCCGAAGAACUAAAAAGAAGAGAACAAAAUCUCAGUGAAAAAGACCGCAAACUAAAAGAACAAGCCGAACAAAGACAAAAAGAAAAACAAUUAGCGGAACUGGAAGAAGCAAAAAGGGAAGAAGCCAGAAUAGCCCGUGAACAAGCCUUAAAAGAAGAACAAGAAGCUUUUUUAAAUACUCAGCAGAAAAACCUAGCCGAGAAACAAAAACAACGUGAAGCAAACUUUGCUAACCAACAAAAAGAAGCUGAGUUAGCCGAACAGAAGAAAAAGGCUGCCAUUGAUGAAUUAGAAAAACAGAAUAAGUUUGCCAAGGAAAAACUGGCCAGAGAUAAGGAACUAUUAGAGCAAGAAACUCAGAAAAAAUUAGAGCAGAUUGCGGUUGAUGACCAAAAAGCCCGACAAGCCAUUUUAGACCAGCAAAAAAAAGAUGAAUUGGCUUUGGAGCAAACCAUUAAAGAAAGAGAACAAGAACUAAGCAGAGAAAAGGCUAAACAAGCCAAAGAACUAGCCCAACUAAAAGCCAAUAAUAAAGAUAAGUUAGAAAAAGAACAGGCCGAAUUAGCCAAUCAGAAAGCUCGGGAUGCAGCCGAAUUAGAGCGAUUAAAAACGGAAAAAGACCUCAAUGACCAGAAAAAACAAGAGUGA